AUGAAGGUAGAAUUUGAAGACGAAGUCAAUGUUGACGCUGUGGAAAACCGGGCCACAACUCUUACAAAUGGUUCCUCGAAGCUGCGUAGCCUUGCAGCACCUCCGCGUCGAAGGGUUAAGAAGGGUACUACAGUGGACAAUGUACAACUUAAGGAAGCUCUUUCUGCUGGUGCUCACCACUCUAGUGCUUACGUCUUUGACGUCUUCCUUCAUGCAUUGCGGCUCAUGCGUAUACCAUUAUCAACUCUUCUAUUCCUUUGGAUGCUGGCAUCUGUCAUGAUGCGCCUUUUGGAUGCGCUUCGCACAGUGUUUGUCCCAAUCUGCCACCUUCCUUUGGUCUCCAGGUUGGUGCUGUGCGGUGUAGUGGUGUCGCCUAAUAGUCAGGGUCCACAAUGGGCAGACUUUCCAAAACUUAUGCAAGUUCAGAGCUCAAUGUUCGAGCAACUUUUGGCUGGGUCCAUCGGAGGUUCUGUCCUCUCCCUCGAAAUACAGAAAGUGGAAUUCGCAACGGCUGAUCUUGCGACUCUUGUUCGAAACAGUGACAUCGAAUCCAAUGAGAUCCUAGCUAAUCUCUUGGAGAUGUUUGUCAAAGAUGCUGAGAGGACUGCUAGAGGUCUCACAACACUCAGUUCGAGGGUGGGUGGCACUGUAGAUAACACUGAAAGCUUCGUGCUCAUAUUUGAAAAUACGGAGAAGAACAUCCCGCCGCCAUAUUCGCUCACGGCUUUGAUGCCGUUCCGCACUGGACCCUCAAUGCAAGAGGUGACAAUCGAGGCAUUCGCCGGCGCCAUGGAGGCCUUCUCUACAGCAAUACAACGACUUAUUCUUGAAGCUGAGAAAUCACUGCAUAACCUAGACAUACUAGAGGAAGAUCUAUCCAGUGUAUAUGAAGUUGUGAUACAUGAGGACAUUUCCAUCACAGCACAAAAAUCUGAGCUUUUAGGAGCCCUAUGGACGAAGCUUGGCGGGAACCAAUGUACGCUAAUGGAUUACGAGAGAUGUCUGAGUCUACUCAAAGACCUUGGUAACUAUCGGAAAUAUGCUCACGUGCAUGUUGUUGCCGCACUCCAAACGCUGCACUCUAUGGGCGAAGAUAUGGAAGAUUUGCGUCAGAGAGUAGCGGCUCCUGAACUGAUCAACGAUAGGCGCAUCCCACUCCACGUACAUAUCGAGAGCAUCCAGAAUGGUCUUCAGCGGCUACAAGAGGGCUGGGUGAGAACAAAAGAAAUGGAAGAGGACACGAUGACAAGAGUACUGGGCCUUGACACUGACUGA